AUGGCAGAUAUUCAGCUCGAUGAUCCACAAAAAGCGAUUGAUGUUUUUGGAAAUUUCACGGAGGAAAAGUCGGACAAUAGCAGUAGGGAUCAAAAGAAAGCUUUAGCGGAGGAGAAGAAAAAAGCUGCUGAACGUGAAGAUGAAAUGAAGAAUGCUAUCCUUUCACAGAUUCUCGACCAAGAUGCAAUGUCACGGCUGAGUAGCCUUUCUGCAGUAAAGCCUGAAAAAGCGAAAAUGGUUGAAAAUAUGAUAAUACAGAUGCGGAGAAAUGGUCAAAUAGCUGGAAAAAUAACAGACGAAACAUUAAAACAGUUACUGAAUCGUUUUUCGGAACACGAACGGCAGACGACUGUUGUGAAGUUCGAUCGAAGACGCGCGGCUAUCGACUCCGAUUCUGACUAA